AUGCCUUCCACCAACGGUAUCAACGGCGCCAAGGUGCUGGACUCCAAGUCCGCCCUCCAGGUCCUCAAGGAGUACGAGAGCCGUGAUGGCCUAGACAUCAACGAGCUCAUGGACACUAAGAAGCACGGUGGUCUGACCUACAACGACUUCCUGCUCCUUCCCGGCUACAUUGGCUUCCCUGCCUCUGCCGUCACUCUGGACUCUCCCGUCACCAAGCGGGUCACCCUCAAGACCCCCUUCGUCUCCUCCCCUAUGGACACCGUCACUGAGCACGAGAUGGCCAUUGCCAUCGCUCUCCAGGGUGGUCUGGGAAUCAUCCACCACAACUGCUCCCCCGAGGCCCAGGCCGACAUGGUCCGCAAGGUCAAGCGUUACGAGAACGGCUUCAUCCUCGACCCCGUCGUCAUCAGCCGCGACACCACCGUCGGCGAGGCGAAGGCUCUCAAGGAGAAGUGGGGUUUCGGUGGUUUCCCCGUUACUGAGAACGGCAAGCUUGGCUCCAAGCUGCUCGGCAUCGUCACCAACCGUGACAUCCAGUUCGAGGAGGACUCCAACCAGUCUAUCGCCAACGUCAUGGUCACUGACCUGAUCACCGCCCCCUCCGGUAUCGACCUUGUCGAGGCCAACAAGAUCCUCGCCAAGUCUAAGAAGGGCAAGCUGCCCAUCGUCGACAAGGACUUCAACCUCGUCUCCAUGAUCUCCCGCUCCGACUUGAACAAGAACCAGCACUUCCCCCUGGCCUCCAAGCUGCCCGACAGCAAGCAGCUCCUAUGUGGUGCUGCCAUUGGCACUCGUCCCGAGGACAAGGAGCGUCUCCGCCUCCUCGUCGAUGCCGGUCUCGACGUCGUCAUCCUCGACUCCUCCCAGGGUAACUCCAUGUACCAGGUUGAUAUGAUCAAGUGGAUCAAGAACGAGUUCCCCGGCGUCGACGUCAUUGGCGGAAACGUCGUUACCCGCGAGCAGGCCGCUACCCUCAUUGAGGCUGGUGUUGACGGCCUCCGUAUCGGUAUGGGCUCCGGCUCUGCCUGCAUUACCCAGGAGGUCAUGGCCGUCGGCCGGCCCCAGGCUGCUGCCGUCCACUCCGUCAGCAGCUUCGCUGCUCGCUUCGGCGUUCCCUGCAUCGCCGACGGUGGUGUCCAGAACGUCGGCCACGUCGUCAAGGGUCUCUCCCUUGGUGCCUCCACCGUCAUGAUGGGCGGUCUCCUGGCCGGUACCACCGAGUCCCCCGGUACCUCCUUCGUCUCCCGCGAGGGUAAGCUCGUCAAGGCCUACCGUGGUAUGGGUUCCAUCGACGCCAUGCAGGACAAGAAGGCCGGCAACGGCGGCAAGGACAGCCAAAAGAGCAACGCUGGCACUGCCCGCUACUUCUCCGAGGGCGACAGCGUCCUUGUUGCUCAGGGUGUCACUGGCUCCGUUGCUCACAGAGGACCUAUCUCCAAGUUCAUCCCCUACCUGGCUGCCGGUCUCAAGCACUCCAUGCAGGACUGCGGUAUCCAGUCUCUCAAGGAGCUCCGCGAGUCUGUUGACAACGGCAUUCUCCGCUUCGAGCUGCGCACUGCCAGUGCCCAGAUGGAGGGUAACGUGAACAUGGAGUCUUACGAGAAGAAGCUGUUCGCCUGA